AUGUCAUUCCUGGGGACCAUUACUCCCAGCCCAGCUCGGUCCCAGUCCGUUGUUAGCUAUAACAUGCCGCAGCUAUCACAGACUCACGAGGAUUCCGUGGUCAAACAAAUUGAGAGCGACAGUCGGGGGGGAAGUGAAGCUCAAAAUACUCUCCAGGAUGAAGAGCAAAAAAUGGAAGAACAGAUUACGGCCCUCGCGCGACGGCUCAGCAGACGCUCGACUCGAUAUUCCGCCGAAAGCACACUGAGGGAAUACCCAUUUACUAGCAGGGGUUUCAACUCGCCGGUUAACCCCCACAGUUCCAACUUCAAUGUCCGCAGCUGGAUGAAGAUGGUCCUAGCCGUUCGUUCGCGAGACCCUGAUAGGUACCCGAAUCUAACUACGGGCGUAUCGUUCAAGAAUCUCAGCGUCCACGGAUUCGGAUCUCCAACUGAUUACCAGAAAGAUGUUUUCAACUGCCUACUCGAAGUCGGUACGAUGAUUCGACGAGCGCUAGGCAUUGCGAUGCCCAGGAUCCAAAUCCUUCGCGAUUUUGACGGCCUGAUAAAGAGCGGAGAAAUGCUUGUUGUGUUGGGCAAACCGGGAUCUGGAUGUUCAACUCUCCUUAAAACCAUCGCAGGUGAGAUGGGUGGCAUUGAUAUGUCAGAGGACUCGAUGUUGAAUUAUCAAGGAAUUUCGUCAAAGGAGAUGCGAAAAAAUUUCAAAGGUGAAGCAAUCUAUUCAGCAGAGACAGAUAUCCACUUCCCUCAGCUUUCCGUCGGUGAUACUUUGAAAUUCGCUGCUCUUGCCCGAGCUCCUCGCAACCGGUUCGAGGACGUCACCACAGAGCAAUAUGCCGAGCACAUGAGAGAUGUGGUGAUGGCGAUGCUUGGUCUCUCUCAUACCAUAGAUACCCGCGUUGGUAAUGAUUUCGUCCGGGGGAUCAGUGGUGGCGAGCGGAAACGUGUUAGCAUUGCUGAAGCCACCUUAAGCCAAAGCCCAUUGCAAUGUUGGGACAACAGUACUCGAGGUCUCGAUAGUGCCAACGCCCUUGAAUUCUGCAGAAACGUGGCGCUUAUGACCAGAUACUCAGGCACAGCAGCUUGUGUGGCGAUUUAUCAAGCUUCCCAGAGCGCAUAUGAUACUUUUGACAAGGCAACACUGCUAUAUGAAGGGCGACAGAUCUACUUUGGCCCAGCAGCUGAAGCAAAGCAGUACUUUGUGGACAUGGGCUUUGAUUGCCCCAACCGUCAAACGACCGCUGAUUUUCUGACGUCAAUCACAAGUCCUUCAGAGAGACGAGUGCGUACGGGGUUUGAAGGCCGUGUACCGCGCACUCCGGAUGAGUUUGCAGCAGCAUGGAAGAAGAGCGACCAGCGUGCUAAACUCUUGGAAGGAAUCGAGGAAUUUGGGCGUGAACAUCCCAUCGGAGGGUCCUCCCAUGAUAGGUUUGUCAUGGCCCAUCGAGUCAUGCAGGCCAAGUAUCAGCGAGCGGGAUCACCGUAUACGAUUUCCAUGGGGAGCCAGAUCAAAAUCUGCGUAAUGCGCGGCUUUCAACGCCUACGUGGCGAUCUCAGCUUGACUGCGACAGCACUUAUUGGCAACUUCAUCAUGGCACUGAUAAUUGGCUCCGUGUUUUUCAAUCUCCCGGAAACGACCGAGAGUUUCUAUGCGCGCAGCGCCCUUCUUUUUUUUGCUGUGCUCUUGAAUGCAUUUUCUAGUGGACUGGAAAUUCUCACACUUUAUAGCCAGCGGCCGGUCGUUGAAAAGCAAGCCCGAUUCGCAUUUUAUCAUCCCUUUGCGGAGGCAGUCGCAUCGAUGGUAUGCGAUAUACCAUACAAGCUGAUUAACUCGAUCACUUUCAACAUACCACUAUACUUCAUGGCAGGUUUGCGUCGGGAGGCGAGCGCUUUCUUUACCUUCUGGAUUUUCUCUGUCGUCACCACCUUCACUAUGUCCAUGGUGUUCAGGAGUAUUGCAGCCACAUCACGAUCUUUAUCCCAGGCUCUCGUCCCAGCAGCAAUAUUAAUGUUAGGCAUGGUAAUAUACACGGGUUUUACCAUUCCCACACGCAACAUGCUGGGCUGGUCGCGAUGGAUGAACUACAUUAACCCUAUCGCCUAUUCCUUCGAAAGCUUCAUGGUCAACGAGUUUCACGACCGAACAUUUCUCUGCGCAUCUAUCGUACCCUCCGGCGGUGAGUACGAGAGUAUUGCAAUGGACCAUCGUAUUUGUUCUGUCGUUGGCUCUGAGUCAGGGUCAAAGCAGGUCUCUGGGUCGCUUUACCUCGAACUGAGCUUCAAUUACUCCAAAUCGCAUAUGUGGAGAAACAUGGGCAUCCUGGUCGGCUUCAUGGUUUUCUUUGGUAUUGUCUAUCUCGUGGCGACAGAAUACAUCUCCGAGCAGAAGUCGAAGGGUGAGGUUCUUCUUUUUCGCCGCCGCCAUCAGCCCCAGCAGGCCGGUAUCGAGGCCGAUACUGAGACUGUACGAGCUCCAUUCAGUGGUGGCGAAAAGACAGAUAAUUCGAUACCUCAGGUCCCUACAAUCCAACGUCAGACGGCUAUUUUCCAUUGGCAAGAUGUUUGUUACGAAAUCAAAAUCAAAGGGGAGCGGCGCCGAAUCUUGGACAAUGUCGAUGGGUGGGUUAAACCUGGAACAUGUACGGCUUUAAUGGGCGUCUCCGGCGCUGGAAAGACAACCUUGCUAGAUGUCCUUGCAAGCCGAGUGACAAUGGGGGUUGUGACAGGGGAAAUGCUUAUCGACGGACGGCCUCGCGAUCAGUCAUUUCAGCGGAAAACCGGCUAUGUACAACAACAGGACCUGCAUCUGCCCACGUCGACGGUCAGAGAGGCCUUGGAAUUCAGCGCCAUUCUGCGACAGCCUGCGUCCGUUAGUCGCAAGGAGAAGGUCGCUUACGUGGAAGAAGUGAUAACGCUCUUAGGCAUGGGGGCCUACGCAGAUGCUGUUGUUGGAGUUCCAGGCGAGGGAUUAAAUGUGGAACAACGCAAACGUUUGACGAUUGGUGUUGAGCUUGUAGCUAAACCUCAGCUUUUACUCUUCCUUGACGAACCAACAAGUGGAUUGGAUAGCCAGACAUCAUGGUCGAUCAUGGAUCUGAUUAAUACUCUGACAAGACACGGCCAGGCUAUACUUUGUACUAUUCAUCAACCGUCUGCUAUGUUAUUCCAGCGUUUUGACCGACUGCUUUUCUUGGCAGCUGGUGGAAAGACUAUUUAUUUCGGUGACAUCGGUGAGAAUUCUAAGAUUCUGUCCGAUUAUUUCGAGCGCAAUGGAGCAGCGCAUCUGGCCCCAGGAGAGAACCCAGCCGAGUGGAUGUUGGAAGUUAUUGGCGCCGCACCCGGCUCCCAUAGCGAAAUCGACUGGGCCAAGGUCUGGCGCGAAAGCCCUGAACACACAGAGGUCAAGGGGCAUCUCGCAGUGCUUAGGCAGACCUUGUCCGAUAAACCACAGGAAGACAUUGAGUUGAGCGCAUACACGGAAUUCGCAGCACCAUUCCGCAUUCAACUCUACGAGUGCCUCGUGCGCGUCUUUGCUCAGUAUUUCCGGAGUCCGAGUUAUAUCUGGUCCAAGGCGGCUUUGUGUAUCUUGACUUCGCUCUAUAUCGGGUUUUCGUUCUUCCAGGCAAGCAACUCCAUCCAAGGGCUUCAAAACCAGAUGUUCAGCAUCUUUAUGUUGAUGACCAUUUUCGGCAACCUUGUGCAACAGAUUAUGCCCAAUUUUGUUCUGCAGCGGUCGCUGUACGAGGUCCGUGAACGGCCAUCCAAAUCCUAUUCUUGGAAAUCCUUUAUGUGUGCCAACGUGCUCGUCGAGCUACCGUGGAAUACCUUGAUGGCGGUCCUUAUCUACUUCUGCUGGUACUACCCGAUAGGCUUUUACAACAAUGCCAAACAGGACAGUGCAGUGACCGAAAGAGGUGGUCUCAUGUUCCUUCUGAUUUGGACCUUUCUGCUCUUUACAUCCACCUUCGCCCAUAUGAUCAUUGCAGGUAUUGAGCUGGCUGAGACUGGCGGCAACGUUGCAUCGCUGCUGUUCUCACUAUGUCUUAUUUUCUGUGGCGUUCUUGCGACCAAAGACGACUUACCUGAAUUUUGGGUUUUCAUGUAUCGGGUCUCCCCAUUUACCUACCUCGUGUCAGCGAUGUUAUCCACCGCUCUUUCUGGCGCCGAUGCAAGGUGCGAAAAUGUCGAGUAUUUGAUAUUAAACCCACCCCAGAAUCAGACGUGUGGAGACUAUUUAUACCCUUACAUCGACAGCGUGCAGUCAGGAUAUGUACAAAAUCCGAUGGCAACAUCUGAUUGCAUGUUGUGCACAGUGAGCAAAACGGAUUUAUUUCUUGCGGCUGUUGGAAGCGACUUUGAUGACGCAUGGCGAAACUUCGGGCUGAUGUGGGUCUAUAUCGCUUUCAAUAUUGUCGGUGCAGUUUUUAUCUACUGGAUUGCGCGUGUGCCUAAGGGCAGGAAGGCUUCUGGUGCCAACUAGCACCUGGUGGCCUGAUGUUUGGUAUAUUGUGUUCAUAUUCCUUUAUUCUUACUCUUGUCGUUCUUUUUU